AUGCGCGAGGUGUUUGAAGCAUUCUUGACGGAUCCGAUUCGUGUAAACGAGGACGUCUUUGGACUGUGGCUAGAGGGCCACAAUGCAGGUGACUCAUUGGCUGCUCGUCUGCGUCUUUCGUCUUCCGUGUCAAUGCCUUUUUUGGGUGGAAACGCGGCCGCUAAACUGCGUGAGCUGCUCUGGAGAGACACUGUUGAUCAAUAUCGUCUCUAUGAUAAAUUAGAACACUACAUGUCACAACCAAAUCUGUUCCGUUCUCAACUACUUUUUCAAAUUCCACCAUCUCAAAAGUACUAUAUGGUAGAACGCUAUUACAUGCGGGAUGCCGACGUAGACCGCUGGUUGCUGGGCAAGAAACUUUCUGGGAGACUGGAGAAAGACCUGGACGAUGUGGCAGAAUGCUCUGGCCGGACGUUAAAAUGCUGUCGUCGACACGUGGAAAACCUUCGAAGAGUUUAUUCUGUUGUUGAGGAACGCAACUUUCAUGGUCUUUUGUGUCAUGCUGUUAGUGAGCACUUUUUACUCUCAGAGCAGCUUGCUAGCAAGUAUGCAUGUCUACUGUUUAUCAUGCACACGAGAUUUCAAGUACAUCCUCAACAUUCAGACACAGGGUUUUUAACGUGGCUUGAUUUACGUUUUGUCGCUGUAUUGCUCAUGACGCAUUGGCUUCCGCAACAGAAGAGACUAUCAAAGCUCAUGUUUCCUAACGGAUCUAUCUCCAAAGACCCAAUUGCCGAUACUGUUGUUGAUAAUGGUGCCGAGAUUGCGCUGCGCUCUCCACACACCGGUGAAUGGCCUGCAAUUGUUUUUUUGCAGGAAAAAUUGCAGCCAACGAGCGUAUGGGAGACGGUUGGGUUGGAUAUAAGUCAUCCCUUUGCUAACUGUUUGCGCGAUCUUAAAGCCCACCUCAUUAACGACAAUGACACUCUAAGAGUGCUCAGGGACGAAAUAUUGGCUCGCAUGCGAUCAUGGACUACUGGAACAGGAGCGCUACGUGAAAGCGCUAGCAGCCUAGACGAGUUGGAAAGCAAGAUGUACCUAGUACUUCAUGGGUUCUUAACCAUUGGUGCUGGCCUGUCGCAGCCCAAAGAAUUCCAACACCUACUGGAGCACUUGCUGACUCGAGUUGUACGUGUGUUGCACGACUGCAAGAUUAUGAAGGGACAGCUUGAUGCACUGUUUAGUGCUAUAGUUGAUGCGUUGCCUGAGCUGAAUGUGUGGUAUCUUAACGGCCAGGAAACGCGCGGUCUACUGCUCUCUAGUUGGUACCGCUUUAUCAGCGUUUGUCGAGCUAUUGUACUGACGGUCUACGAUCGCUAUCAUCCGUUUGCCGUCUCAACAUACAAGCAAGCUUCGUUUGAUGGUGCAUCUGGGGAGUCGGCUACAACAAGCGCUUCAGCGACGUACAACCAGAUGCUUAAAACGCAGCAGCAGCAGACGAGCUUUGAUUGCUCGUGCUUUCAGUCAACUGAGUCUUGA